CGAAGCACUGAUUCCAGGAGCGCUGUAGAGUCUAGGCUGUUUCCUGCAGCACUGAAUCUUUUAGAGCUUUUAUUCUUGUUUUCUCUUAACUAUUAAAAUGCGAUUAUCUGUUAUUCAGGAUUUCAGGGAGGAUGAAAAUGAGGAGGGAGAGGAAGAAGAAAAGGUCUUCCUCAAGCCUGUUAUUGAGGACAGAAAUUUAGAACUGGCCCGAAAAUGCACUGAAAUAAUAAGUGAUAUACACUAUAAGGAAGAGUUUGAAAAAUCUAAGGGCAAGUGCAUAUUUGUACCUGACACCCCUCAGCUAAAACAUGUGAAAAGUCUUGGUGCUUUUCUUUCUGAGGUGAAGUACAAAGGGGCUGCUAAGAAAAAUCUUUCCAACUCACUGUAUCAGCAGAUGCCAGCCACAAUUGACAGUGUAUUUGCAAAAGAAUUAACCCAGCUACAGAGCAAGGUUCUCUAUAAACAGAAGCAUGAUGCUGAAAAAGGAACUUCAGAUUAUGCACAUAUGAAGGAGCCUCCCGAUAUUAAACAUGCCAUGGAAGUCAAUAAAUACCAGAGUGAUGUGUCAUACAAGAAGGAUGUGCAAGAUAUUCACAGAUACACUGAAGUGCUGAACAGGCCAGACAUAAGGAUAGCAACUGAGAUAACAAAGAUAAUAAGCAAUGCUGAGUACAAGAAAGGAAGGGGAGACAUGAGUAAGGAGCCUGCUGUACUUGGAAGACCAGAUUUUGAACAUGCGAAAGGAGUUUCUAAACUUUUAAGCCAAGUGAAAUACAAAGAGCAGUUCAGCAAGGAAAUGAAGAACCACCAGUACAAUCCUCUUGACAGUGUUUCCUUCAAGCAAGCACAGAUUGCAUCCACCUUGGCAAGUGAUGUGAAUUACAAGAAGGAUUUGGAAAGCCUACAUGAUCCAUCCUCCGAGCUACCAAAUCUGCUCCACUUAAACCACGCCUUAAAUAUCAGCAAAAUGCGUAGUGAUUAUGAACAUAAGAAAUCAUUUAAGCAAAGCAAGGGCUUCCAUCAUUUCAUCCUGGAUACAGCUGAACAAAUGCAUCACAGAAAUGUGGUGCUUCAUAGUCAGGUCAAAUACAAGGAGAAUUAUGAAAAAUCUAAAGGCAGAUCAAUGCUGGAGUUUGUGGAUACACCAAUGUAUCAAGUUUCAAAGGAGGCUCAAAAGAUGCAAAGUGAGAAAAUGUAUCGCAAGGAUUUUGAAGAAAGCCUUAAGGGAAGGCCCUCAAUGGAUUUAGACAAGACCCCAGAGUUCUUGCAUAUAAAGCAAGUCACUAACCUUCUGAAAGAGAAAGAGUAUAGAAAAGAUUUGGAAGAAGGGAUAAAAGGAAAAGGAAUGACUGUGUUUGAAGACACGCCAGAUUUGAUUAGAGUGAAAAACGCAGCUCAGAUACUGAAUGAGAAACAAUACAAGAAAGAUCUGGAGACUGAAAUUAAGGGGAAGGGCAUGCAAGUUGGCCCAGAUACUCCUGAGAUAAAACGAGUGAAGAAAGCUUCUGAAAUUGCAAGCAUUAAAGAAUACAAGAAAGACUUGGAGAAUGAAAUUAAAGGAAAGGGAAUGGAAGUGGGCAUGGAUACCCCUGAUAUACAACGAGCCAAGAAAGCUUCUGAAAUUGUAAGCCAGAAGGAAUAUAAAAAGGAUCUGGAGACUGAAAUUAUAGGAAAAGGGAUGCAAGUUGGCCCCUAUACUCCUGAGAUACAACGGGUCAAAAGGGCUUCAGAAAUAGCGAGCCAGAAAAUAUACAAAGAUGAAGCAGAGAAGAUGCUCUGUAGCUAUUCUGCUGUCCCAGACACUCCAGAGAUGGAAAGAAUUAAAAGUACUCAGAAAAACAUCAGUUCAGUGUUUUAUAAGAAGGAAGUAGGAGCUGGUACAGCUGUAAAAGAGACUCCAGAGAUUGAAAGAGUAAAGAAAAAUCAGCAGAAUAUUAGUUCGAUUAAAUACAAGGAAGAAAUUCAGCAUGCAACAGCUAUUUCUGAUCCACCCGAACUAAGGAGAGUUAAGGAAAACCAAAAGAAUAUUAGCAAUGUUCAAUACAAAGAACAGCUCUGCAGAGCUACACCUGUGACUGUCACCCCUGAGAUUGAAAGAGUCAAGAGGAAUCAAGAGAAUGUCAGCAUGGUUCACUACAGAGAGCAGCCUGGCAAAGCUACUGCUGUGAGUGUCACUCCUGAGAUAGAGAGAGUCAAGAAGAAUCAAGACAACAUCAGCUCGGUCAAGUACAGCACUGAUCAGAGGCAGAUGAAAGGUAGACGUAGUGUGAUUCUAGACACACCUGAGCUAAGGCAUGUCAAAGAAACACAAAACAACAUCUCAAUGGUGAAAUACCACGAAGAUUUUGAGAAGACAAAGGGCAGAGGUUUCACUCCAGUUGUAGAUGAUCCUAUAACAGAGCGGGUGCGGAAAAACACCCAGGUUGUAAGUGAUGCAGCAUAUAAAGGAGUGCAUCCACAUAUAGUUGAAAUGGAUAGAAGACCUGGAAUAAUUGUUGAUCUAAAAAUUUGGCGCACAGAUCCUGGCUCCAUCUUCGACAUUGAUCCUCUGGAGGACAAUAUUCAGUCUAGAAGUCUGCAUAUGCUUUCUGAAAGAGCAAGCCGUUACAGUAAGCAGUAUUUACACUCUACCAGCUUGGGAGACGAUAAAUCAGAUGGUUCUGAUACGAAUCCUACCUUUUCUUACUGCAGUGAUAUAACAAGGCCAUCUGAUGAAGGAGCCCCUGUUCUCCCUGGGGCGUAUCAGCAAAGCCAAUCCCAAGGGUAUGGAUACAUGCAUCAGACCAGUAUGUCAUCCAUGAGGUCAAUGCAUUCACAGUCCCAUUCAGCAGGUCUGAGAACAUACAGAGCUAUGUAUGACUACAGUGCUCAAGAUGAAGAUGAAGUUUCCUUCAGGGAUGGCGAUUAUAUCAUCAAUGUGCAACCAAUUGAUGAUGGCUGGAUGUAUGGUACUGUUCAGAGAACUGGGAAAACAGGAAUGCUUCCAGCAAAUUAUAUUGAGUUUGUUAACUAAUUUUUGUCUCUUGUCCUUUGAGCUUUAUUCUGAUUAACUCAAAAUCUAACCUUUUAGAAAAAAAAUCAAAAGAAUCUUUUAAGACCACAUGUUCUUUACUUUUUCACUGCUGUAACAGUCUGCAUUUUCAUUCAGAAUCCAAUUUAGAGUCCUUUAAAGUGCAGAUAAACAAACCAGAAA